CAGUCAAUAGUACGCUGACCGACCCCUCCGUAGGACGACAAAAAGACAGCAGCGGCAUCUACACGAAAAGCACAUAAGCGCCGCGCCGCAUGGCCGCAGUCCAGUUGAAGACUAGCUGUUCUACAAACGAAGCGGCCGGCAACAAACAUGCACUGCUGAGGGCGGCACGCCCUUUCCUUACAACAUGCCGCAUAGUGGGACUGGUCCCUAUUGUUGUAGAUGCAAACGUCAACGCUGGGCCCGAGGCAGUGACGCUGAAGAGGACGCUGGCGACGACAGUACACUCUUGUACCGUGUUAUUGCUCACUCUGACCAUGCUGAUCUGGAUGCUCUGCUGCAUUCUGCCCAUGAAAGAGUACUCGCCGGCCAUGUGUGCCUACUGCGUCACGUACGUCCUGGGGUUCCUCCUCCCAGUCGAGGCCAUCGCCGCCGAUCUCCUGUGUAACGUGUCCAAGUACGGUCGCUUUCUAAGACUGAUCGCCGAAUUCGACACCACUAUGCCUCCACUUGUUGGCAUUAGUGCUGAGUCCACAUUUGAAAUUUUGAUAAGCAAAUCUCAGUUUGCACGAAGUUGCCCUGGUGAGACGUACUUUCCCGGCUGUAUUGUGCAGACUGUGUAA